AACAAAAAACAAUUCAAUCAAAUCCCAAUUAUUCAUUUCUUGCACGCCAAUAUCUUCUUGAUUAUUCUCUAUAAUUCCUAUAGCGAUUGAAUUUGUUAUUACAGUUUUAAUUCAGUCACAAUAAUAAAAAUGGCUCAGAGAACCGAAAAAGAAGAAACCGAAUUCAAAACAGUACCGGAAACCCUAACGCUCUGCGUCAACAACAACAACGCCACCACGCAUCACACACGUACCAGAUCUACCUCGCUGACGUCACCGUCUCGAGGUAACGUAAGGGUAGAUCCUACGCUUGUGGUGACAGAUGAAGAAUUGAAGGAUGUUAAGAGGAACGAACCUGUGUUGGUGAAGAAGGAGGUGAACCGGUGCUCUGGAUGCCGGAAAAGAGUCGGUUUGAGCGGAUUUCGGUGCCGGUGUGGUGAUUUGUUUUGCUCCGAACAUCGGUACUCUGAUCGGCAUGAUUGCGGUUAUGAUUAUAAGGCGGUUGGACGUGAGGCGAUUGCGAGGGAGAAUCCGGUGGUUAAAGCGGCGAAAAUUCUGAGGAUAUGAAUUGUGGAUACGUGUUUGUUUGAAUUGAAUCAGAUGUGUGUUGAUUGUCGAAAUUAAUUUAGCUGAGAAGAAUAUCUUAUUGGCUGAUUGAGAUUGAGAUUACUGAAUUGAGUUAAUGAAUUGAGAUUGAAAUUAAUUUACUGAAUUAAUUAGAGAUUGAAUGUUAGUUGUUGUAUCAUCUGCCUCUUGGAAUUGUUUUUGAAAUUGAAUAAACCUCAAGACUCACAGA